AUGAAUAAGAGCGCGCCAGAGGAUCUUCUAAAAAUAUACACCGCACACGUAGAGGCACACUUCACAGGCUGCGCGCUGGCGCACAAGCAGAAAAAGUACAGCGCAGAGCAGGCAGCACACAUCACAUACUUCAAAGUCCAGGAAGAGCUCCUGAGCAGCCCAGGCCCCUUUCUGGCAAGGCCCCUCAUAUACACAAGAGUCAUAGGGCCGCUGCACGCAAAAGAGAAAGAGCGCCUUUUGGACGAAAUAAAAAAAGCUCUUCCGGAGAUAGACGAUGUGCAGGAGCACAGCUAUGCGCUUAUGCACUAUCUUGUUAUACGCGCUGCUCCAUGGGCUGUCUCCGUGCUAGACACCCUCCCGGGAAACCUUCUUGUAGAAGACCGGCGUGUGCACAGGCUGUGCUUGGACCGCCCUCCUGCGCAUUUUCCAGCAGAAAUGGUUAUGUCCACGUGCGUGACAACAACGCUGUGUCUUUUGAACGUAGAUGCCGCAGAGCAGGACAUUCUCCAGGCGCUUAGCGAGUAUCGCGUGGAGUUCGCGGUGUGUCUAAAAGCAAGAGUGUAUCUCAAGCUGUGCCGGGAAAGCGAUUCGCGCGCAAUGUACAGCAAACUGUGCGGGUCUUUGGUCGAUGGAAAAAGCAUUUUUAUUUGGUACUAUCCAGACUGUUUAUCACAAGUAAACUUAUUCCUGUAA